AUGUCAUCACCGAGGAUACUGCUCCACGGCUCCGGAGCAAUAGGCACCAUCUACGUCUACCUCCUCUUGAAGGCCGGGUACGACGUAACAGCCGUGUGCCGCUCCAACUACGAAGCCGCCAAAGCCAACGGCUUCCUGAUCGAUUCCGAUCGGUACGGCAAAGGCAUACGAAUUCAUCCCAAAGUUGUUUGCAGUCCCGGAGAAGCCGCUGAAGCUGGACAGCUGGAUUUUCUUAUCGUGACCACCAAGGCUUUGCCGGACGCUGAGACGAGCAAGGUCAUUGCUCCAGCCGUGACUGAAGGCAAGACAACGAUCGUGCUGAUCCAGAAUGGUGUCGGCAUCGAGGAUGAGUAUGCUCGGAUGUUUCCGCAGAAUCCGAUAUUGAGCUGUGUCGUCUACCUACCCACUACGCAGAUCAGACCCGGAGUCAUCCAAAUGGGGACGUUCGAGUCGCUGGAGCUUGGCACGUUUCCGGCAUCAGCAUAUAGUAAGAGCACCGAAGUCAGAGAAGCUGCAGACAUGUUUAUGGAUAUUAUGCAGAAGUCUGGCAGCCAAGUAAAAUGGUACGACGAUAUCCAAGAGAAGAGAUGGAACAAACUCUUACUCAACGCCCCAUGGAAUCCGAUAUGCGCUCUUACCUUGUCGAGAGAUGCUGCUUUCUUAGCUUCAGACUCUUCAGCCAACAAGGUCAUUGAGGAUGUGAUGCUCGAGGUUGUCGCCGUCGCUCAGAAGCUCGGAUACGGCAAGAUCAGUCCCGCGGCUGCAGGCGAGCAACUCAAGCGCGCUGAGGGAAGGGUCGGUACAAAAGGCAUCGAACCAAGCAUGCUUGUCGACGUCCUGAACGGCCGGCGUAUGGAGGUGGACGCGAUACUCGGCAGUCCGGUGAGGGUGGCAAAGAGCGUUGGUAUCGAUGUGCCAAGGUUGGAGUUGCUGUACGGCCUAAUGAAGGCACUGGACGAGUCGAUGGCGUACAAGCAAGCUGGCCAGUCGUUGGGCGGGGAUGAGACCAGGUUAGAGAGGUCGAAGAGGGGAGAGAGCGUGCUGUGA